AAGGAGGAAGAGAAAGAAGAAUGAGAAGAAAGAGGAGGAUGAAACAAUAAAUAGGGAUGACAAGAUGAAUAUGAUGGAGGAAGAAGAAAUGCAGCUUAAGGCUGAGCAAAGAUUCAUGGAGCUAGAGAAGGAAAUGAGGAUGAGGAAGAGGGGAGAAUGACUGAGGUGCUUGAGGUGUUGAUGAAGCAGAGGGAGAAAAAGGGAAAGAGAUGAAGAGAGAAAAUGAUGAGGAAAGACGAAAGCCAGAGGUCCAAGGGAAAAUGAUGGAUGGACAGAUAAGAAGAAAGGAAAUGGGAACUAGGAGAAUACAAAUGCAACUAAAUAGAGAUGAAGAAAAGAAAAAGGAUGAGGAGCUGAGACAUAGUUUGGAAAAUAAAGAUAUUACAAGGAAUGAAGAGGAGAAAAAAACUAAAGAGGAGGAGCUGAUUGAAAGGCAGGAGGAAGAUAUGAGGAGAUAUGAGAAAGAUGAAGAGUAUAGAGAUACAAAGGAAAAAAUAAGAUCCGAACAAGAAAUGGAAGGAAAUAUUGAAUAUGAAGCAGACAACAGACUAAAGGAGCAAACACAGAAACAAAAGGAUAAAGAGAGAAUGCAGGAAGAGGUGAAGAAACGCCAAGAGAAGGAUGAUAUGGGAAUAAAGGAGGGUGAAGCAAGAAAUAAACAAACAGACAACAGGCAUAAUUUGGAUAUGGUGAAAGAAAACAUAAAAAUGGAAGAAAGGAUACUGAAAGAAGAGGGAGAAAGCUUGAACUCUCAAAAUGAAAAUACAGGAAGCACUGAAGACUCCAUGACUUCCCAGCUAGGAGGCAACACCACACUUACCUCCUCAAGCUCUGCUCCUUUACCCAGUGAAUUCACAGCCAGGCCCACCAGCUCUGUAGCAGCGAAUCAACAUGACCCACAAAGGAACAUCAGUCAGAUUUCCUUACAUAAAACUAUUGCUUCAACCAGAUCCAGCAGGCAAUCCUGGGACUUCUUCCUGCCAUUACCAACCUGCCUGCCAGAACACACAGAGCAGAAGAUGCUGUUGUGGAUGAAGAACUGCAUCUCGUGGUCGAAACUGUCCCUUCAGAACAGGAGGAAAGAGAAGGGGUCUACCUGGAGUCGUAGAGGGCUGAGGAGGGCAGCUGAGGCCAGUAGUCUGCCUCCUCUCUGCCCACACACUCUGCUUCAGUCCACAGGCUGGAAAUCACUGCAUGAGGUAACCAUGAUGACCUUGGAGGACCUGCCUGGAUGUAACUUGUCCACUCUUGUCCAGUGUACUCAACUUCGGUCCCUCACUCUCCGACGCUGUGGCCUGAAAUCCUGGAAGGCAUCAGUCAGUUACAAGAGCUCUGCUUACAUUGAUCUACAGGUGAAUAGAGAGUCAAAGCUGAAUCUGUUCUGA